AUGUCAGGAUCACCAGCACCAUCAGCACUGCAGACGCGUCUCACCACCGCCUUCCCACAAACCGCCUCGCUCUCGCGGCAAGAUCUCGAAGCGCUCGCCUACGACGACCAUCCCGCAUCCACAUCCUCUCACCCGCAGACGCCACCUUCCGAUCCCAUUACCCCCAACCAAGCCUACUUCGAAGCGUUCUUCCACUCGCUUCCACAAACACAGUCCCUCUACCGCACCCAUGCCGACCUCCUCCGGACCAACGAAUCCAAAGCCGCACGCAAUCUCGAACGUCAGGCACCGCUCGAAUCGCUCCGCACCGAAACGCAGCAGCUCUUCGAUCGAGCCAAAUCGCUAGAGUCCGAAUGGGCGACGCGAGAACAGCAGCUCAACGAAGCACAGAAACGCUUCAACCCCUCGGCGCUGCAUUUCAGCCUCACCCAAUCGGCGAGCAAGUUGAACGACAGAUCCGAAAUGUUGGCCAACGCCUUUGUCGAAGGUCUGCCGUAUCCGAGGGACGACAGUGGGACCGCGGAGGAGGGCUUGGUGGAUGAAGCGAGCUUUGUGAGGAGGUACAAGCAGCAGAGAUUGUUAUAUCAUAAGAGAAGAUUACGCGGCGUGACUGUAGAGAGCAAUGUGGCAUCUGCGGGCGUAAGAACGCUAGCUGCCCGAACGGGCCGGAAUCGACGGAAGGCAGAGCCUUUCGCACCGAAACAUGUGGGUGGGACACGGACAUUACACCUUCGUCUCGGAGUGUUUUUUGGCACGGUCGGAACAAUGAUCGUGACUUUACGAGUAGGCAUUGCGGAUGGAACGGUGGGUUUCGAAAGGAUGUUCUUCGGUCGGUGA